ACCAAUAGGCGAUCUCCACUUGUAUGAGGUACUGAGCAAUAUCAGUGGCAGUCGUCGCUCUGUGAGGAGUGAGACAAGUAUCACAGCACCACCACUGUCGUCCCAAAACUCACAGUCAUGAAGCUCUUGUUAAUCGCUGCUUUCUUGGGAGUUACUUACGUAGAAGCAAAGGUGUUCUUCGAAGAGAAAUUCGCCGAUGCAGACUGGGAAUCUCGUUGGGUGCAGUCUGAGCACAAAGGAAAAGAAUUCGGCUCUUUUAAGUUAACUCCUGGUAAAUUUUAUGGUGAUGCAGAGAAGGAUAAAGGCCUUCAAACUAGUCAGGAUGCAAGAUUCUAUGGCCUCUCAACCAAGUUUAAGCCAUUCAGCAACAAAGACACUCCUCUAGUUAUCCAGUUUUCUGUUAAACAUGAACAGAAUAUAGACUGUGGUGGUGGAUACUUGAAAGUCUUUGACUGCUCACUUGACCAAAAGGACAUGCAUGGAGAGUCUCCAUACCUAAUAAUGUUUGGCCCUGACAUCUGUGGUCCUGGAACUAAAAAAGUUCAUGUCAUCUUUAACUACAAAGGCAAGAACCACUUGAUUAAGAAAGAAAUUAGGUGUAAAGACGAUGUAUUCUCUCACCUCUACACUCUUAUUGUUAAUCCCGAUAAUACCUACGAGGUCCUAAUUGAUAAUGAAAAAGCCCAGUCUGGUGAACUGGAAGAAGACUGGGAUAUGCUUCCACCCAAAAAGAUUAAGGAUCCUGAAGCAAAGAAGCCUGAUGAUUGGGAUGACCGUCCUACUAUUCCUGAUCCUGAGGACACAAAACCUGAGGAUUGGGAUCAACCUGAGCAUAUACCAGAUCCUGAUGCCACAAAGCCUGAAGACUGGGAUGAUGAAAUGGAUGGAGAAUGGGAACCUCCCAUGAUUGAUAAUCCUGACUACAAGGGUGAAUGGAAGCCCAAACAGAUUGACAACCCAGACUACAAGGGACCAUGGGUUCAUCCAGAAAUUGAUAACCCUGAAUACACCCCAGACCCAGAAAUUUAUAAAUAUGAUGAAAUUUGUUCUGUUGGCUUGGACCUCUGGCAAGUAAAAUCUGGUACUAUUUUUGACAAUUUCCUCAUCACUAAUGACAUUGAAGAGGCAAAGAAAAUUGGUGAAGAAACUUGGGGAGCCACUAAAGAUGCUGCCAAAAAGAUGAAGGAUGAACAGGAUGAAGAAGAGCGCAAGAAAGCAGAGGAAGAGGCAAAGGCAGCUGAAGCAGAUAAGGAGGAUGAUGAAGAUGAUGAUGAUCUUGACGAAGAUGAAGAUAUAGAAAAUGAAAUAGAUCAUGAUGAACUUUAAAAUAAAAAAAAAAGGUUCAACUGCCUUGUGUACUAGAAACAUCCAAGUACAGAUUGAAACCUGUGAUUUUUCUCAGUUUUGAGUCUGGUUUCAGUCUAUUCUAGUCGAGGGACAUUCACAUAUGCUGUAGUACAUAGUGCGUUUAACUACUGCUUAUUGAAGGUUCCCUGACCAGUAAUGUUGCCCUUAAUGGGGUAGGUUUGCAUGCUUCAUGAUCAUUUGUAAUCAUCCCCAUCAUUGCCAUAGUGUAUGCAGCACAACCCAGUAUGUUUGUUAAAGCCAGAGGUGUCAGUGCUGUUACCUAAUGAAGUCUUGAUUUUGUUCUGGCAGCACAAUGUUUGAAUGAGCGAUUUCCAAUAAACUUAUCAGAAAC